GGAUGCAAUUUUAUUCAUAUUGUAUUCUGCAUACCUAUAACAAAGAAAAGUUUUUUUCGUUUAUAAAAAUUUCAUAAUUAUUCUAAACAAAAAUAAUGGAGGAAAAUAAAGUAGAAAAUGUCGAUAAUAAUAUAACGUCAUCUUUAAAUGUGUUGUGUGCAAUUUGUAGUGAAUUUUUCAAAAAUACAGACGUUAUCUUUAGCACUUCAAAGUGUGGUCAUGUUUUCCAUCGCCAAUGCUUGUUCCGUUGGCUGACACGUUCCAAUACAUGCCCACAGUGUCGUGCCAGUGUACAUAAACAAAACGUACAUCGUUUGUUUUUGAAUUUCAAUGAACCCACUGAAACUGAUGGAGUUGAUGCGGAACCCAUUAAAAGUUUUGAGUGGCUGUAUGUAGACGAGAGUGUCACGGCCGAAGAACUGGCACAAUUUGGAUUUAUUAUGGGUUUAGACAAGGAAGGUGAUCCAUUGUUUGCUGCUCGUGUCUAUUUGGAGGAUGAUCUCUUGCCGGCGUAUUAUGUGCCCAAGUUAAAGGGUGUUUAUACCGCUUGGAACUGUGAAUCUCAUUUUCUGACCGAAGGUAUAGAAUUACUACACAUUAAUAACGAUAAUGCUGAUUACAAAUGGGAGCCUGCCUCUAACGGCGAGGUACCACCAAAUGCUUUAGCAUCCGGUUAUUGUGAAACUGGAGAAACAUUAUACACUGCCCGUACUAUACAUAAUGAGAGGAUGCGUUUUGGAAAAUUGCAUCCUUCACAUGGCUGUGCCUAUAUUCCAUAUAAAACAAAGGAAGUUAAUAAUAGACAUUAUGACAUACUGGUUAGAAUACCUAAAGACAAAAAUUAAACAUUACAAAUCAAUUGGGUUUCUAAUGUUUAUUAAAAAUAACAAAAGAUAAAUAAAUUAUAUGUUGAUGAACUUAAACUAGUAUAUUCUCUAUGUUUAUAACUAUCGCUCAUUUGUGACAAGAACGUCGUAACUCAAAACUUGGUAUUUUUAACUGAUUAUAUAUAAACUAUUAAAAUUGUUUUAGUUAUAUUUUAUAUCCUUUUGAUAACUAUUAUGAAAUGAAAUAAAAAUUUAAAAACUUGUACUUUUAAAGUACACAAAGUUUCUCGAAAGUGGAUAUUUUAGUUACUACGACGGAAAUAUAACAAAUAAGCGAUAUUAAUUGUUUAAUUUUUUAUAUAAAUUAUAUAAAUGUUAUUUUAUUUUAAAGUGGGGGAAAUUUACUUACAUAUAUGUAUAUUUUAUUAAUAAAAUAAAUAGCUUUAAAUAAAAAUUAAAUCUUGAUUUUUCCAAUUCGUAAUAGAAAUAAAUAA